UAUAGUAUACUGUUGUGUGCAUUCCAGGGUUGGAUAGUACGGUUUUACUUCAGUGCAGUGUGGAGAGUACAGACUUUGAGGGGUUAACAUGGUUACAUCACUGAGCCCAGAUGAGCUGCAGCCAUCUUCCGCUCGCUGAGAACUUCGGCUCCAUCCAGAGGGACAAAUAAACUCUCCUUCACCGGAGCCUCACUGCUGGAAACCAGGGCUUACACGAUGACUUAGUACUGACCAACAGCAACAGAACGAGACAAAGUCUCCCAUCUGUUUCUUCUGUACUAAAAUCCACGCCCACUGCUUCUGUCUGCUCCUGCGGGUGACCCGCAACCCCUCCUUCUGUGGAGAGAUGGAGCUCCAGGGCAUGCUGGGAGUGGAGGCGGACAACAGGGUGCUGGGCGUGCUGGUUCCCAGCCCACGGAGCGAGGCUGUUGCCCAUGAGCUGCAGGAGCUGUCGCUGCAGCCCAGCCAGAACCUGCCACCCCUCAACGAGCGCAAGAACGCCCUCCAGCUCCGACUCCAGCAGAGACGUACAAGAGAGCAGCUCGUGGACCAGGGCAUCAUGCCACCACUGAAGAGCCCUGCCAGCUUCCACGGGCAGAUCCGGAGCUUGGAGAGAGCCCGGACGGAGAACUUCCUUAAGCACAAGAUCCGCAGCCGUCCAGAGCGCUCGGAGCUGGUUCGAAUGCACAUCCUGCAAGUGUCAGAGGAGCUGUGGACCUCUGGAGGGCACUGGGGAGAACAUCCUGGAGAGACAUCAUCAGAGUCGGUGGCGGAGCCCUCACUGCAGGCCACGCAGCUAAAGCUGAAGCGGGCACGGCUGGCAGACGACCUCAACGAGAAGAUUGCCCAGCGGCCUGGCCCCAUGGAGUUGGUAGAGAAGAACAUCUUACCCGUGGACUCCAGCGUCAAGGAGGCCAUCAUUGAUGGAGAGGUGGACUACCCCAGGAUUCGAGACGUGUACACCUUUGACGAUGACAGCGGUGACGCCCUGUCCCCCGAGCAGCCCGCCAGUCAGGAGUCCCAGGGAUCGGAGGCAUCUCCUGCAGGUCCUAGGCCGAGCGAUGCCUCCUCGCCGACUGGAGCCUCAGCCAUACAGUACCACCCGCCUGCCUCCCAGCCUGCCCCGGACCACGCGAAGCAGGUUUCCGCCAAUGAGCAGCCAGUAAGCCAAGUGACAACCACUCCUCAGCCGAUCAACACCACAGCCCCGCCUUCCAAGCCUGGGCCUACUUUAAUCAAGCAAAGUCAGCCAAAAUUACCUGGCGACAAGAACCGCAGCAAGAGAAGCAAAGAGGUCAAGCCGCGCGUGAAGAAACUCAAGUACCACCAGUACAUCCCACCGGAUCAGAAGCAAGAGGCAAGCGAAGCGCCCAUGGAUUCUUCCUACGCACGUCUCCUGCAGCAGCAGCAGCUAUUCCUACAGCUGCAGAUCCUCAGUCAACAGCAGCAGCACUACAACUACCAGACCAUCCCACCGCCAGCCUCAACAAAAGUUGAGGAAGUCCCUCUCCCCAAAAUCAAACGCUCACAUGUCCUCUGCAGGGCAGGGCUGAACGGGCAGGCUAAUAGCAACAGUGCAGCCGUGAGCAGUCAAAGCAAUCAGCCCACCUCCAUUGUGGUGUCUCUGCCAUCAGCAACUCCAUCCCAUCCCAACCAGACUCUGCCAGGUCGCAAACCUGGUCCCAUCCUGGGCAACCUGGAUGAACUGAAGGUGGCAGACCUGAAAUCGGAGCUGAAGUCAAGGGGUCUUCCUGUGUCGGGCACCAAGAUGGACUUAAUUGAACGACUGAGACCGUACCAGGAGAGCACAAUUCCCGCAGCCACCACAGACACCCACCAGAGGGCAUCGGAAAGUAUGAACACUACACCCCCCGUGUCCCCAGGACCUUCUGAGCUCUCCAAUGUCAGCGCCGAAGAGGUGGGGAUGGCAGACCGUUCAUGCGAAAGCCCUUUCAGAAACCCACUAGUCCUGGGGGAUGAUUCAGCCUGCGGAGAGCAUAGGCUCUCCGAGAAGGACCGGCGUCUCCAUGAAAAAGAGCGUCAAAUUGCAGAGUUAAUGCGCAAGCUGGAGGAGGAGCAGCGACUGGUCGAGGAGCUGAAGAUGCAGCUGGAGAUGGAGAAGAGGACCCAGCAGGGGGUGUCACUGCUGCCCGAGGGUAGCCCACCCCCUGCCAUCAAAGAGGAGAACAGGAAUUCUUCGAGCUGCUCUGCCCAGCCCCAGGGAAGCCCUGCCCAGCCCCAGGGCAGCCCUGCCCGCCCUAUGGGGAUCAAACUAGAGGAGCCCCUUCACCCUUCGCCACCUGCAUCCCAGUCGGCCACAUUACCACAAUUUUUCAUCACUUCACAGCAGGUGGCGCAAGUCCUCAGGCCUCCCCAGGCACUGCUGGCCACCCAGUCUGGCACACAGAUCCUACUGCCCGUCUCCCUACCAGCCAGCAGCAGCACCAUCCAGCUGUCUUCCAACAGCAUCAGUCUGCAGGCUCAACCAGUCCUCCAAGCUGGCAUCUCUUCGGCAAACCCAGCCCUCAUCCAGCCGUCUUCUCCCCACCUCCAGCUUCAGAACAGUGAAACAUUGACAGCCCAGCAGCCACCUGGCCAGACCCAUCACGUGGCUCAGGAGUUCCAAGUGUGCACCACUUCCAGCUCCGGGUUCCAGUACAGCCCCACCCGGUGCCAGUCCAGAACAGAGGUUCCCCAGGGUUUCCGCAACAGCCCCCCGGAACACCGCCAUUCUCCAGGAGCUUCUCCCAGCCAUACACUCCUCAAUGGGACCACAAAUAAGCCUCCCUCCCCCUCCCAACCAGCUUUCAACCUCCCGCCUCCUGCUUUCACCAGCCACACUCCCAAGAGCAAAGACCCUCCCCGUUACGAGGAGGCCGUCAGGCAGACACGUGGACUCCGGACAUCUGUACAGGUUCCCACAGCCACCAGCCAGCAGAUGGAUGACCUGUUUGAUAUACUGAUUGAAAGUGGAGAGAUCUCACCCUUCAUUAAGGAGGAACCACCCUGCUCGACUAAGAUGCUAACCGCCAACAUCACGAUGCUGCCUGUCGCCACCGCGCAGUCUCGCCCCCCGGCUCAGGUGCAGACUGCACCCCCUCCAUCCCGUCUUACAGCGCUGGCCUCGGAUCAACAGCUGGAGGCCCUGCUGGAGGCUGCGGAGUCACCAGGGUUGCGCUUGAUGGAGGACCUACUGGAGCAACCAGAAUCCCCGAUGGAGACCUCGGAGCUGAACUUUGCAGAGCCGCCUCCCACCUCCACCUUUGACCUCCAAGACACCCGCCUGGACAGCAUGGACUGGCUGGACCUAACAGUUCCCGUGCCCCCAGGGUCUCUCGGGGCACUGGAGGUGCCCCCAGGGGGAGGUGUCUUCUCCUCGGAACUCCUCGACAACGCCCAUGACCUCCAGCUUCACUGGAGCUGAACAGGAAACAAGGCCAUAGAUUCACGAAGGAGCAGCUGAGCAGAGCACGCUCCGCGACCAAAGAGAACCUGCCGGUACUGCAGACUGACCGUGUCUUAUCGUACCUCAGUGCCAAAUGUACAUCCUGUCUGGGCUUGGUUUGUUAAAUCGUUGUGUAGAACAGGCUGAACCAAGACACAGGCGUUUUUUUAUUCGUCUGCAAAAGCAUUUCCUAGUUGCUUGGCGCAGGAGCACCAUCUGCUGUCCAAAUAGUCCGUGGGACACGUAAGGUGAGGUGGCUCCUGAUUUUUCGCUUAAGUCACACUGGCCUUUCUCCGAUUGCUUAAUGCAGUGAAGCCUUGGCACAGCUCACGUCUCCUCUGGGUUGGUCAUCGGCCAGCGGAAAAAAUCCUGAGGUGAUUUUGCUUUUCCGUGUCCUACGACAGGUGGUAGAGGCCAAGCAGGUCAAAGGUCAGCAUGUUAGCUCAGCGUGUCAGUGGCACAUUGCUGUAACACACAAAACAAACUAUAGGCCUUCUCUCAGCUGUGCAUUUUAAUUAUUUUAAAUGGAUUUGUAUGAUAAAACUGUUUUUUACUGUCUUUUUAUGAAAAGUGUGUAAUUACAGGAAGCUGGGGCACUGAACACUUUUUGCAGACACUGUGUUUUUCAUUGCUCAUUCACGCACGGCCUUUUUGGAUCUCGACUUGCCCAGGGAUGAGAGCGUGGUAACAGAGCCAGCUUGGAGCGGUGACAACAUGUGAAUGUUUUUUCUAUAUAUGUUUUCACAAGUGCGGGAACCUCUUGGACAAACGUGCACGUGUAGCCCGACGACGGAUUGCAGCUGCUGUACGGUCUCUAAUUUUUGCAGGACCAGGACGAUGGCAGAAGGUGUUACAGGUCACAACAUUGAAUGGGGGGAUGGGGGGGGUGGAAGUCGGCAUUAUUACAACUGUGGCUCAGGAUCAGUCCCCUCCUCCGGGUAGGUAACAGUAAUGAGAUGCCAGAAGAUUUACUGUUCCCCACCAAGACUGUUUCAGAGGUCGGAGGUACCU